UAUUCAUGGGAGCACGAUUCAAACUCUCUCAACUGGAGCGCAGCUUCAGCAGCCCUGUAGUCAGCGCGCUGCUCUCUGCGCCACUUCUCUAGUUAAACAUAACCUGAAACAGAUGGAAUAAUGUUUUCUUAACAUAAUUCGUUUUUUUUUUUGUUUUUUUUUUUGCGGCGCUGGAAGCAGAAUCCCUGAUAGUUUUUUUCCUCUCACUUUUGGAGUGAAGCUAAGUGCUGAUUUGAUAACCUGAAGACAUUCUGCUUGUAUCUUACCUGGGCAUUAUGAAGAGGUAUCCAGGCUCCUUUCAUUCCUGGGAAAGGACACAGCCUAUCUGAGCUCGUGUAGACACUUCGCCUUUUUUUAUUUUUUAUUUUCCUUUUUUACUCAUAUUUUAGUGGCUCUUUCAAAAAUUGCAACGCGAGCUGAGCUUUUUACGCGGCACAUUCAAAGCUUUUACAUGUCCAAAAUGGACCGCGCGCAAUUUGCUGUUUUGGUGGUUUUGGCUGUUGCGCUCAUGCGUGCUCAUGGUGGCAGUCACCGGGAGACGACAGGUGGGAGGAAAGAGGGCACCGGGACGAACCAGGGGCAGCAGUCCCGGGAGAUCACUCAAGGUCAGUCGAUAAGAGAUCCACGGGACGGUACAUCCUCGAAAACAUCCAGAACAACUCCACAGUCUGGGACCGGCCAGACUAGAGGUCUGGUCCGCGCACCCAGAGCAGCAUCACGUCAAGAGGAUCCCAAGCUCGGACCCGGAGCAGACCCGGCUCCUCCUGCUGCCCAGGCUGCUGCUGCUGCUGGCGCCUCCCGGGAAGGGCUCGCCUCCGCGCCGCAGGAUGGAGCGCAGCGCCCCGCCAGACGCGCCGUGAGCGCGCAGGGCCAGCAGAGGACCAGAGGGAACCGCAGGCAGAGCAGCACCAGGAGACUCGUUGGGCCUAAUGUCUGUGGAGGACAGCAGUGCUGCUCUGGUUGGGUGGUGGCACCAGGAACCAACCGCUGCAUAAAACCCGACUGCCAGCCCCCCUGCCAGAACCGCGGCUCCUGCAGCCGGCCUCAUAUCUGCGUGUGCCGCUCAGGCUUCCAGGGGCCCCGCUGUGAGGAGGUGGCCCCGGAGCAGGUGUACAUCCAUGAACGAGGCACCCUGAGACGCAUCAAGCCUGGAAGCAACAUUUUCCAGAGGGACCAACCGCAGAGGCGGCUGUCGGAGAGGCAGGACAGCACAGACACCACCAAGGUCCAGACCCCGCGGCCUGCAACAGCCAAACAGUCUGCACAAACCACGAGCCAAGUGAGAUGGGGACUCUCGGACUCCUCCCCUCAGCAGACGGGGACCUCCCGGACUGUGAAACGUUAUCCAUCAUCGUCUGGGCCAAUAACCUCCAACGCUCUGCCGAGCAGCACCGUGGAUGCUGACGGUCAUGGCGGCGAGCACAGGACCUGGUAUGGACACAGGAACGGACACACAGGACCCUCCUUUAACGCUCACAGGCCGACCGGCAACGGCCAGCUGCACGGACAGUUCAACAACGCUUUGCUGCCAGCAGGGGCCAACCUCACCUCCAGCCUGGACCGCAUUAAGAUUGUCUUCACACCUAUGAUGUGCCGCAGGGUGUGCAACGGUGGCCGCUGCUACAACAGCUGCGAGAAGGGCGACAUCACGACCGUAUACAGCGAGGCCUCACUCCACCAGCAGCAGCAGCAGCAGCAGCAACAGCAGCAGCAGCAGCAGCAGCAGCUGCCCAACACCCAGGGCUUCAGACUCUAUUUCUGUCAAAUCCCCUGUCAAAAUGGAGGCCGGUGCAUUGGCAGAGACCUGUGCUGGUGUCCGUCAAACUCAACAGGAAAGUUUUGCCACCUGGCAGUACCGCCUCCUGCCAGACCCACUCCCCGCAGCCGAACUGAUGCCGUCCACCAGGGACCCAGAUCUCCAUUCCACACCAAGUACACGCUGCCGCUGUCCAAUCAGGACUCGUCUCUCCAUCCAUCCUUGGUGAACGUCCACAUUCAGCAUCCAGCAGAGGCUGAGGUCAAGGUGCACCAGGUAGCUCGAGUUCAACAUGGGCACAGGCCGGCCACCACGGAUGGGGUUCACUCCGUCCAGCAGCGAUCCCAGCCAGGAAAUGGACACGAACACACCAGCAAACAGAACGGCAGACACUCACACACCAACGGGUUCGAGAACGGCCACGCUACCACGUUCAACCGCCAUGUUGAACAUGUCGGGAGAUGCUUUCAGGAGACAAUUGAUGGACAGUGUGGCAAGCCUCUGCCAGGCCUAACCAAACAGGAUGAUUGCUGUGGAAGUGUCGGUGCAUCCUGGGGUCUAAAUAAGUGCCAGAAGUGCCCGGCCAAACCAGCAUACGCAAUAAUUGCAAACGGACAAGUGGAGUGCCCCCAAGGUUUUAAAAGGAUGAAUGUUACACAUUGUCAAGACAUCAAUGAGUGCCUUCUGCCGGGGAUCUGCAAGAAUGCUGACUGUGUAAACGGCAAAGGAAGCUACAGAUGCACUUGUAAACCCGGUCACAUGUUAGAUGCUGCCAGGAGCCACUGUGUUUCGGACAAGGCUGUGUCUGACCAGAGGGCGUCAUGCUACCGGUCCACUUUAGCAGGCGUCUGCUCUCUGCCACUCGUCAAUCACAUCACCAAGCAGAUUUGCUGCUGCAGCCGCGUGGGCAAGGGCUGGGGACCCGAGUGUGAUCGCUGUCCUGUACCAGGCUCAGACCACUUCAAGGAGAUCUGCCCCGCUGGCCACGGAUAUACUUACUCACGCUCAGAUGUGCAGAUUUCUGUCAGGCAGCUGGAGGAUGAUGAGCUUCAAAGCACAGGGGUGACGCUGGAGGAGCAGUAUCCUCAGUUUCCAUCGUCUCAGCCCUCACUGUUUCCCGGCCGGUCACGAUACCCCAGCUACCCAGAGACACCACAAGUGCCCCAGUACCCCGAGUACCCCGAGACACCGCAAAGCCCGCAGUACCCCGAGUACCCCGAGACACCGCAACGGCCGCAGUUCCCCGAGUACCCCGAGACACCGCAAAGCCCACAGUACCCCGAGUACCCCGAGACACCGCAACGGCCGCAGUACCCCAAGUCCCCCGAGACGCCGCAAAGCCCGCAGUACCCCGAGUACCCCGAGACAGCGCAAGGGCCGCAGUACCCUUGGACUCCGCAACAUCCGCCUCAGUCAGGGAGAGAAACACCUGAGCCAGAAGAUGUGGAAAUUCUUAGCCCGCCAGAGGUUGUGACUGAAUCACCGCCGGAAUACCCAGAGACCUCCCCGGACAAGCCGAUGCCAGACUCAAAGGAAACAACCCCUGCAGUUACAGCCACAGGUAUUAACAAGUGUGGCUCAACACCCAAUAUAUGCGGCCGUGGGAAAUGUCUUCCUGUGCAGACCGGCUACACUUGCAAGUGCGAGCCAGGUUUUAAGCUCAGUGCACUGCAGACGAACUGCAUUGAUGUGAACGAGUGUGACGAGGAGCCGUGUGAAGGGAAGGGCCGCUGCGUCAACAGUUACGGCUCCUAUACCUGUCAAUGCUUCAGCGGAUACAGCCAGGUGAUCACUCAGAACAGGAAGUUCUGUCAAGACAUUAAUGAGUGCAGCAUGCCCAACAAGUGUCAGAAUGGCCAAUGCGUCAACACAGAGGGAUCUUACACCUGUGAAUGCAGCAGCGGCUAUGCCAAGUCUCGGAGAGGCCUGUGUGAAGAUAUGGAUGAAUGCAGAGAUCCCAGCUCCUGCCCCAACAGCAUCUGCAUCAACACGCCCGGCUCCUUCCAGUGCCAGAUCUGCAGCCCGGGGUUCAGGCCCAUCAAUGAAAGAUGUGUGGAUGUAAACGAGUGCUUGAAUCAAACUGUGUGCGGUCAUGGGAGGUGUGUCAACACGGAGGGCUCUUAUAGGUGCAACUGUUUCCACGGCUACACACUCUCACCAGAAAACGCUUGUCAAGAUGUGGAUGAAUGUGUGCUUCCGGGAGUCUGUCUCCAUGGACGCUGUGUCAAUCUGGACGGCACCCAUGAAUGCUCCUGUAACCACGGUUACCACGUUGCCUCAGACAGCAAAUCCUGUGAAGAUGUCAACGAGUGCGCAACUGGUAAUGCCUGUCCCGCGGGAAUUUGCAUCAACACUGAAGGUUCCUUCACUUGCCAGAACUGCAGGCCUGGGUUUGGACCAUCUGCUGAUGGACUGAGAUGUGAAGAUGUUAAUGAGUGUGCCCUGGGUGACUUUUGCCUGGGAGGAGUGUGUGCCAACACGGAGGGAUCGUACACUUGCACCAGAUGUAAAGAUGGUUACAGAGUUUCUGUAGACCGGCAGAGGUGUGAAGAUAUUGAUGAGUGCCAGUCCCUUUCUACUUGCGCCAACGGGAUCUGUCUUAACUCGGAAGGCUCUUACACAUGCGAGGACUGCCCUACAGGGUACAGAGUAUCGUAUGAUGGGGAACUCUGUGAAGAUAUUGAUGAGUGCGAGCUUCCCAUUACAUGCCCUCUGGGAACAUGUACAAACACAGCGGGUUCAUUCACGUGUGUCAUCUGUCAGCCUGGUUUCAGGCUCUCUGAGGAUGGACAAGGGUGUGAAGAUGUGGAUGAGUGCUUGGUGGCUGACUUGUGCCCAAGCCAACUGUGCUUGAACACGCCGGGGUCUUACACCUGCAGGAGCUGUGAAACCGGCUUUCAGCUGUCUGGGGAUCGUAACACUUGCGAAGAUAUCGAUGAGUGCCGGGCUCCGGGCAUCUGCCCGACAGGUGUGUGCGUCAACACGGAGGGCUCCUUCGCCUGCAUGGCCUGUGACCCGGGCUUCGCAGUGUCGCCCAACGGCCUCUCAUGUGAAGAUGUGAAUGAAUGUGAGGACAGCAGGCUGUGCGUCGGAGGCCAGUGUACCAACAUCAUCGGCUCCUAUAGCUGCUCCUGCCCAUCUGGUCUCGAGCUGGUGGAUGGGACGUUUUGCAGAGACAUCAACGAGUGCUUAACCAUCACUGGCAUCUGCGGAGAAGGAGACUGUCUGAACACAGAGGGCUCCUUCUCGUGCAUCUGUCCUGACGGAUAUACCACCCUCGACGAAGAGCCCGGCUGCCAAGAUGUCGAUGAAUGCAGUAAAGACGAUGUCUGCAUUCGGGGACAGUGCAUCAACACCGUCGGCUCGUUCUUAUGCUUGUGCGAGGCUGGCUUCAAGUUCAACUCCGAUACAGACGACUGCGACGACCAGGAUGAGUGCAAAGAGUUUGGAAGCUCCCUCUGUGGAACCUGGCGCUGUGAGAACACCAUUGGCUCCUACCGGUGCUUCAUGCAAUGCCAGCCCGGGAGUCUCGAGGGAAACUGCGAUAUUGACGAGUGUGACAACGAGACCAUCUGUGGGAAGCACGGCUACUGCGAGAACACGGACGGCUCCUUCCGCUGCGUGUGCGACCAAGGCUACACCAACCCGCCCGGAGAUCUGAGCAGAUGCAUCGACGUGAACGAGUGCGAGAUGAGCUUGGCGCUGUGCGGGGAGGCCCUGUGUGAGAACUUCGAUGGCAGCUUCCUGUGCAUCUGCCCCAACGACAAUGAGGAAUUUGAUCCCUUCACCAGCCGGUGCCGCUCCAUGGCUGAGAUCGACUCCAAACCCAUACUUCCAUCUACUCCCGCAACUGAGGAUAGGAAAGAGUGCUACUAUAACUUGAACGACCCAAACUUCUGUGACAACGUCUUGUCUCGCAACACCACCAAGCAGGAGUGUUGCUGCACAGCCGGAGCGGGCUGGGGAGACAACUGCGAGAUCUACCCCUGUCCUCUCAUAGGAAGAGAUGAUUACAACCAGUUGUGCCCGCGUGGCAAUGGGCUUUUACCUGUGCCUGGUUCUCCUGCACAGAGUCAUGGAGAUCAACAACCCUACGCAGAUGCAAACGAAUGUGAGAUGUUCGGACCUGAGAUCUGUAAGAAUGGACACUGUUCAAACCUCUCUCCUGGCUACACUUGCUUCUGUCGCUCCGGUUUCUACUACGAUAACAUCCGGCUCGAGUGUCUGGAUUACGAUGAGUGUGAGUUUGAAAAUACCUGUGAAAAUGGAGUGUGUGUGAACACGGCCGGGUCAUUCAACUGUUUCUGCAGUCCUCCGUCGGUCCUGGACACCUCGCGGCGGCGCUGCAUAAGUCUCAACAGCUCUGAAGAAACUGUUGACUUUGAUCACGAUGUGCACGUGGAUAUUUGCUGGCAGCGACUUGAAGGGGACAACAUGUGUGCGGACCCCCUCCAGGACCUGAGAACUACGUACACUGAAUGUUGCUGUCUGUCGGGCGUCGCCUGGAGUGGACAGUGUGCCUUCUGCCCGGCCAAAGACUCUGCUGACUAUGCAACGAUGUGUAACGUGCACGGAAGAGGAGGUACGAGCGGGCUCCGAGACCGGACGGGGUACGAGUACGGUUUCGAGGGGCCAGAGGAUCCAGCAGAGCAUUUCCUUCCACCGUACUGGGACAACUACGGUGGCCCCGCAGGCACAUAUGAGCAUCCUGACAGCGUUCCCAUAUUUAAUGACCAUGACUACAGCGUUCAGCAGCCAUCGGUCCGCGUCCCUGUCGUACAACCAGGGAGUCAGCCGCCUCGACCAGUGGACCCCUAUGGCGACCGGCGUGAUGGCUUUGAGGGUCUCCAAGCAGAGGAAUGCGGGGUCCUGAACGGGUGCGAGAACGGACGCUGUGUUCGCGUGCGAGAGGGCUACACCUGCGACUGCUUCGACGGCUAUGAGCUGGACAUGGAAAAGAUGGCCUGCAUAGAUAUAAACGAGUGCGAGGACAUCAGCGACAAGGUGCCCUUGUGUCAGAAUGGGCAGUGCACCAACACAGAGGGAUCCUACAAGUGCACCUGUUUGCCGGGCUUCGUGGCCUCUGCCAAGCCGCACAAAUGCAUCCCGGCGAUCCCACAGUCCGAACAAAGGGAGGCUGCAAACUGAGACACGCACUGUUGCAGCGCUGACUGUUUCUCCCUCAAAGAUCAUCCCUCUGCCCUUUUCCCUGAGGGCCUGGCACUAAACCUCCAACACUAACACUGAAACGUCCAAGCUUUUUGAAUACGUAACAGACAUAAACACGGACACGCACACAUUCAUAUACUUUUCAAAUGCAUUCAAGAGGAGCCGGAGUUGUGCCAAUGAAUGUAUUUCAUGCCAUUUAGUCUUCACCUGAUAUCCAUUUGCCUUAAAGGGAUUUUAUGGACUGAUCUUUUAUUUGCAGUGACACCCCACCCCAACAGGCAAUUUGAAUAGACGAUAUUCUAUCCACAUUAUUCUCUGCAUUCAUUUCCUUUUUAAAAAUGGUAUUAUUUAUUUCCUUGACAUGACGGGCGUCUGCAAAUUGACAAAGCAUCACAUUCCUGAGGUCAGAUGACGAUUUCUUUCAUUCAACUUGUCACCAAUUGACUACAGAGACAAUAUGAGGUGAUAUUUAAUUAAAUAGAUUUUUGUAAACAAGGAAUCUAACAAGAAAGUAUUCAUAUAUCACCUUGUAUUUCACUUGGCGGACAAAGAUUUUAUUUUUUUCCCCCCGCACCGCAGCUGCCUUCCUUCAAUGUUCAAGGUCCAUGAAUGUCUGGACCAAAAGCCAGCAAGUCAGCACACCGAGACUGUCACAUUAAAAGCCUCGACCUUAAUCUGGCCGUGGACAGACUCCUGGUGUAUAUGAUGAUCCGUGUAAUGGUUUGCAAAUGAUGCAAUAGGUAGCAAUCAGUUUUCCAGCGUUUAAACCCGUUUUCAGAUAUUGCAAUAGAGCUCCGACACCAGCAUUAACUUGUUUUUUGCGUCUGUUGAAAGAAAGAAAGAAAGAAAGAAAGAAAGAAAGAAAGAAAGAAAGAAAGAAAGAAAGAAAGAAAGAAAGAAAGAAAGAAAGAAAGAAAGAAAGAAAGAAAGAAAGAAAGAAUACUUGUAGGACUUGAGGAAGUACAGAAAAGAAAGUUUUCUGAAUAGGCCGCAGCUAUUAAUGCUUAAAAUGACCAAGUGUUUUUCUGCACCAUGUCGACCAGGCAGAAGGAUUUCAGGUUCACCUGCAAAUCAUUUCAGCCUCCCCUCAGACAGUUUGUAUCCCUACGUGUAGACAAAGGCGUCAUUAGAGAGGAUUGGUAUAUUUUGUACAGAUCUAGUACUAUGUUUUGGGGGGGGGGUUUGCUUUUUUUUUAAUAUACUCCUUUAAUGCAUUAUAGCAUAUACAUUAUUUUUAUUUGACAUAAAGCAUGAAAUGGUAAAAAAAAAAAAAAGAGAGAAAAAAUGGCAUUAUAGCUUUGUAGAUUUAUAUAUAUAUGUCUAUAAAAAGGUUUUUUAAAGCAUAUCUUUCUAUGUAUGAGAGUGGCUGACACUGUGCGAUAGGAACUGUGUGUAUACCCUGCCCUGUGGAGCAGACAAUGAAUUUUAUAUAUAUAUUUUUUGGGAAGUGGCAGCACUGUUCUAAUCACAUGCAUUUUGUCUUAUUAAUUCCAUUACAAAGACAAUACAUUUAAAAUGCAAGCACCGACUUCUGUGCAUCACAACUUCACAGCUCAUCAUUAGUAGGGAUGAGCAUUGUUUCUUUUAUUUCUCAUGAAUCCUUGUGUAAUUUAUCUUCUAUAUAGCCAGUAUCAGCAUUCUCAAUUGGUGUCUGAAUUACGUUUCCUACCAUUUUGCCUUUCAUAUUCAGCACAGAGGGGUUUAGGUCUGUUACUGCAUUAUCAGGAUGUCAACAGUUGAUAACUUUUGCCAUUAACCUGCAUUCAUAGCCUAUAAACCUACAGUUGUACAAAUAUUUUCACCUGCUGAUGCCCGCUGUGUUUUACUGCGCUGUUUAAAUAAUUGCCUGUAUCAGAAAAAAGGUCUAACAAUUCACCUAAAGCAGUGAAAGUCUUCAAAAGUGAAAAUAACUUCAGACGAAUAUCUUGUAAAGCGAUCAUGCUCAUUCUUUGUUUACCUUUGGCUGUAAUCACUGUCAGUCAAAAUAAAAAAUGAGAAACGUUG